UUUAUCAUCAAAACAUAUCACAAAUGAAGCAAACCCUAUUUAGCCUCUUUCAUACGAAAGGAACAUAGCGAAUGUUGCAACGGCCAGAGAUACGAAGGAAACUGAAGCAAGAACGCCAGAGCCUACAGCGAUUGUCGAUCUGCUGUCGGUGAUCAGAGUUCGUUGUUCCAAUAGGUAGAAGGACGUUGCAGCCCCCGUCUACGAAGAUGACGCAGAUCUGCCGCCGGAGAGCUUACCUCAUUGAUCCAGCCUGAUCGAAGUUCGAUUUUCCCAGGGAGAAUAUUUUUUUCAGUCAUCUGUGCACGAAGGGAAGCAAAAAUGGUUAUCCUUCCUCCUGUCAGGCCUCCUCAGAUUACCAAGUUUCUCAAACCAUAUGUCUUGAAGAUGCAUUUCACAAACAAGUAUGUGAGUGCCCAAGUAAUACACUCCCCUACAGCUACAGUGGCUUCCUCUGCAAGCUCACAGGAAAAGGGUUUGAGGCCAAGCAUGGAAAAUACUCGUGAUGUUGCAGCUGCUGCAAAGAUUGGGAAGAUCUUGGGGGAGCGCAUGCUGCUCAAGGGAAUACCUGCAGUUUCUGUUUUCUUGAAGAGAGAACAGAAAUAUCAUGGUAAGGUGAAGGCUGUGAUUGAUUCUGUUAGGGAGGCUGGUGUCAAGCUUAUUUGAAAUCUUGGAAGUUUAUCCACAUUCUGGGUGUGAUCAUGCCUCCGCUGUUUGUGCUACACUGCCACCAAUUUUCCAACUAAUCUUCUUGGUUCGCCAUUUUUGCCAGAUUUGAAAGGAGCUUAAUUUUCCUUCUUCACUCACUUAGUCUGGUCCCAUUGUGGGGAAUCAGAUAUCUACCAUCUGGAAUUAUUUGGCCGAAGUUGCACUAUUUGGUCUGUCCAAGCUAUUUGAAUAGUAGAUAAUAUCAGAACAUUCUUGGUAGAUGGUUUUGAAUAUUCGCCAUGGUUUCAAGUGUAUUGAUGGUCAAACUUGGUGACUUUCAAAUCCUUUUAUAAUGUUGUAGAAAUAAAAUUAACUGACAUUGUUUCUCUUUUUA